AUGGCGACGCGCUGCCUUGGGUCCGCGUCCGAUGGCGAGCUCUUAUCUCAGCUUCUGCAACAUCGGCGUCGCCUGGUGCAGAUGGUUCUCGACAUGUCGCAGGAUGCGGCCUACAACAUACCUGAAUUUCCACUAGUCGAUAUGCACGGUACGCUUUCGGAUCUCACGGAUCUGGAGGAGUUGGAGACGAGAACCGUGAUUCGUGAGGACUCUCAACCUCGGCCCGCGAAGCGCCCAAAAAUAGUGGAACACUUGCCAAGCUCUCCGGCCGAUAUUCUGGCUUUCUGCCAGAACGGAUUGGAGAUCUUGUCCAAUUUCAUUCGACCCGCCAGCGAUAAGGAGACACACGUAGCUCGGAGUGACUCGGAACUGGUGAAGCUAGUGAUUGCCUUGCGAACCGUCUCCCGCACGAAACAACGUAGUCUCUUGUGGCUACCUCAUCUCAAAACUUCACACCUUCUUCUUGCCCUUCAUGAAUUCGCAAGGCCCGGCAAUCUUAUCGAAUCCGUCCAUCCCAGCGUCGAAAAUAGCUUCCGCGACCACGCUUGGCGAAGCCUGAUCAACCUACUUCUUCAUAAUCUGCUCAGUUUUGAUCCACAAUAUGACCCCGAGCCAGAAUACCCUCCUGUCCAAGUUCCGAUAGUCAAAUUCACCCCAGUGGAUGGGUUUAAUAUGUUGCGCUGUCUGAGCGAUCAUCCCAAUGCCCUGCCCUGGGUGUCCAAUCCUAUGGCGGUUUUCUUCCUGGUAUCGGAGAGUAAUUUCCAACGUGAUUGGACAGAAUGGCUGGGUCCAACUUUAACUAGCCUAGGUUUCCUUAUCGAACCAGGAUGGAAGGUGUCUGACAUAUAUCGGACUACGACUCAAAUACCACAACUCAGGAACCUUGCGAACCUGUACAAGGCCACAUUUCACCCGAAAUUAGAGCAAAUCUUGCGCUUAGAUAUCCUUUACCGCCUGCAGAAAAAAGGCCUCAACGCCCAGAUCUUUCGGACAGAACAGGAGGGGGUUGUUCCUUGUGUUGGCGACGACCAAAUCGGGAACGCUGCCUUCGAGAUGAGUAUUUCUCUCGGGUAG